UGGGGACACGGGGAAGGGCCGGAUCCUGACUCCCUAUAAAUGCGGUGCUCAACCCACAGCACCCACCGAUGUGGCCGGAGGCAGCGGCGAUGGAGCCACCGCCCGGGGGUCCCGGCUCGCCGGAGUGGGGAAUGUCCCCCAGGGGCCCCUCCGGGUGCUGCGAGGAGCGUUUGGCCUGCUUGGCCCCGGGGGGCGACGCCUGCGCCCCCUGCGCCCCCCGCAACGGAGCCUUGGCCGAGGUGGAGCACGGGGAGCACCACCGAGAGGCCUUGACGGAGGAUGACAUCUACUGCCGCUGCCUCUCCAAGACGCUGUGCCACACGGCCACCCCUGUCACCGUUGGCUUCUACGCGCCCUGUGGCCACCGCCUCUUCUCGCUGCUGGACAAGGUCACCGGCUUCAUGCGGGAAGAGAUGGAGCACCGGGAAGAGGCCGAGCUGCGUCGGAGCCACCAGAAGCCGCGCAGCCCCGAGGGGUGGGGGCUGCUGAUGGUCCUCUGGUAUUUGGCCUUCUACAAACCCAUCAUCACCGAGAGCCACCUGAGGAGGAAGAACAUCCAAUUCAUCUUCAUCCGCUUCAGCGCUUGGCAGUACGCCGGCUGUGACAAACUCUGGGCCGGGUUGGUCACCACCCUCUGCGACAGCAUCCGCCACCACUUCGGAGCUCUGCCCCUCAGCGUCUACCACGUGAUGGGCACCAGGCCCCGCUUCGCCUCCGGCUUCAGCCAGAAGGAGUGGGUCCUCAAGAGGAGCACCUGCCUGAAGCUCUGGGCGCUGCUCUUUGUCCUGAGCGUUGGCCUCACCAUCCUUCUGGUGGCCCUCUUGGUGCCCGGCAUCAAGGACCACCACGCUUUGAAGGUGGUGGGCAGCGCCGUCACCUCCCUCUCCGGUUCCAGUUUGGUUCUCGGAGCUUUCUCCAUCCUGAAGAACCUGUUGAUCAGCGAGAAGCAGAAGAUCGAGAGGUUGACCAACAGCGAGAAGUUCACCACCCAGUUGGGUUUCAUGAGCAAAGUGCGUAGGGAAGUGGAGGUGCUGGUUGACUUCUUGACCUUCAUGGAGAUCUUCGAGCGCCGACGGCUCCGGGUGGUGCUGGAGAUCACCAGCUUGGACAUCUGCUACCCGGAGAAGGUGGCCGGCGUCCUCAACGCCAUGAACACCUUGCUCUCCGACACCAACGUCCCCUUCAUCUUCAUCCUGGCCGUGGACCCCAGCGUCAUCGUCCCCUGCCUGGAGCAGACGGGUUGCAUGAAGGGCCUCGCCGACAACGGUUACCUCUACCUCAACCGCACGGUGACUUUGCCCUUCUCCAUCCCGGAGAUGGGCGCCCGUUCCCGUUUACGAUGCCUGGAAGCCGCCAUCCAAACGCGCGAGGACCUCAUGUACGGCAUCAUCACCGGCAACGUGGAACGGCGCCGAGCCAAGUGCCGGGGCGCCCCGGUGCCUCCCAGCUUGGAGGAGGCAGACGCCGAAGCUGUCCGUUGCAUCCACGAAGCUUUCCACUGCCUCCACGACGGCGCCGACCCUCUCGCCCGCUACCUCCCAACCAACGGCGCCCACCUCCGCCGCAUCGUCAACACCAUCCCCAUCACCUUACGGCUCCUCCUGCACCGCGCCGGCACCCACUCGCCCCGUUCGGCCGCCGCUUGGGUGCUCCUGGCUGACCAGUGGCCGUGCCGGUUGAGUUGGGCGUUGCAGUGCUUGGAGGACUCACGGCAGAGUUGGCUGGCGGCGCCGGAUUUUGGUGCUCAAUCCCUGUGGAGCAUCUUCCAGGAGAACUUAGGGGAGCUGAGUGCCCUCCAGCAGCCCCUACGCAAUGUCCUCAGCUUGGAUGGGGACCCCGAGCUCUUCCAGACCUUCCUGGCCCACGACUUCCCCUUCACCGCCCACGACGCCCACGACUUCCUCGGCGUCACCGUCAACCUGGACCACUCCAUCCGGCACAAGAUGGGGCUCCUGCGUGGUUUGGACCGCCUGAAGAAAGCGGCCACCGCCUCCGUGUCGCGCGGUGUUCAGUGUCCCCACCCCGAGUGACGGCGACGCUCCAUCUCCGGACGUGGGGCCCUCAAAACCCUCUUGGAUGGUGGUGACACAGAAGGUGGUGGUGACCUGAAGAUGCCGUUGUUGUCCCCCUGGAACCUGUUUAGGAGUGGGAAGGAGGACAUGGAUGUCCCCCCUUUGUUCCCAAGAAGAGACACUGCAGGAAGGUGGGAAUCCCACCAAGGGAUGGAGCUGGAGUGAUUGGGAGAGACCGGAGGGGACCAGGGGAGACCUGGAAUGGUGGUCCACCAUCCAGGUGACCUCAUCCCAGCCACUGCCACCCCUGUCCCCAGCGGCCGGUGAGGGGGUCCCCGGGGAGAGGGGGAUCCCCACCAAGCUCCAAAGCAGCCGCCAGCAUCGGGAGCAGGGAUGUCCCCCACGGAGCUCCUGGGGGAGCCAUCCCAUAAUAAACCCAUU